AUGGUCAACACCUCCUUGGGAACGGCCGCGCGCGCCGGCGGCGGGGGAGGCCCCUGCUUCAAGCUGUUGGCGUCGCUCAACCACCGCUUGGCGACAGGUUGCGCAUCCGACGCUGUGGAUGCAAGAAAUCACGAAAAGCCCAGGAAUUCCGAGCGUAUGGCUGCUUCGUGCCAAGAACCCGAGGUGGUUGUUGUGGCCGCCCUAGCAUGUUCUCCUCCUCCUCCUCUGAGGGAUCAAGAACCGGUGAAUAACACACAUGGGUGCGACUUCAAUGGCGAGAUGAUCUGGGAUUCCAAGAAGCAACGCUCGUCCAUCGCUGCAGCUCGUGAGCAUGGCAAUGCGAUUGCUGAGGUGAAGAGGGCUGCGGCUGCUGCCACGUCGUCCCCAAUUGCACAGGUGAAGAGGGCUGCCGCUGCUGAAACUGCUGCCACGUCGUCCCCGAUUGUGCAAGAACCGAAAGGCCACGCUCCGUGGGGGUGCACUGGUGUGGCCCUGGAUGAGAAGAAAGAAGAAAAGCUCCGGCCUUGCAUGUUCGCGGCCCCUGUUUGUGGCUUGGAUGGUCUGCACGGAGAUUGGGAGGAACCGACAAGUAGGAGCAACCCUGUGCAAGAAGCAAAGGCUGCUGGUCAGCAUGGUCGCGAGACUGCCAAUUCUUCUGGUCGUUGUAAUACUCCAAUGCGACCUUUCAUGAGCUUGAGCCACGGCCUUCAAUUCUUGGGCGUGACCGAUGUGACACCAGUUCUUGCCAGGACGCUAACUGCCACAGAUUGCCGCUUGGGCCAGUCCCGCGUGCAGUUCUCACCUCGGGAGGUCAUUGAUUCACCGUUGUUCAGCAUUCUUACAACAGAUGAGCAUAGAUCUGUGCAUCAAUGGGACGGUCAGAAGGGACUGGAGUUGGAGGCCAUUGAUCGACAUGGCUAUUCCUACAACAUGAGGUUCAAGUAUGUCUAUAGCGCCAGGCAAUACCGCCUUAUGCAAGCAUGGGUACCUUUCUUGAGACAGAAUGGUGUGCGCCAGGGGGAUCUCGUCGAGGUUGGGGCUUUCCGUGUUGAUGGGAAGCCUGUGCUAACGUUGUUGAACUAUGCAACAGAGGGGUGGAUUACUGAAGAGAUAGAGGCAGCAAAAGGCUUGUUGAUACUGUCAGAUUGCAACAAUGGAACAAAGUCGUAG